CAUAACCGCCAGCCAGACUGCAAAACACGUUUCUCGGUUGUUACUCUAGGGUAGACCAUAGUAAUGCAACGGAUCGUCAUUGAUCCGUGAUCCGUUCGGAUCAAUUAUUUCGGUUCGGCACACACAUGAUCCGCGGAUUGAUUUAUGAAAAAACAAUUGUGCGCAUGUUCAGUCCACACACAGCGUGGUCAUGGCGAGCGGAGGAACGGAGGAGCUUGAACGCCCCGCGUCAUUUAAAUCCCCUGUUUGGGAGCAUUUUGGUUUCCCUGUCAAAGUUAAUGAUGAAGGAAAGAGGUUAGUGGAUAAAACCGUGACGGUGCGUAGGCACUGUGGCACUAGAAAGCCAUACAACAGUGGAAACACAACUGCCAUGGCCACGCAUUUGCAGCGACAUCACCCCGGUGUUUCACUGACAGGAGUGAAACCGAAAGUGGCUCAACAACCGCUUAUCACCGCGGCAUUUAAACAGCCCCUUCCUGCACAAUCCGACCGGGCUAAAGCUAUCACACACGCUAUCGGUGUGUUUAUAGCUGCAGAAAUGAUGCCAUAUUCAGUUGUGCAAAACGAGGGUUUUAAAUACAUGCUGAGCGUGCUCGAGCCACGUUACAACAUCCCGUCGCGCACCCACUUCAGCGAAAAGAUUGUGCCAGAUCUUUAUGAGCAGGAGAAGAAAAAAGUUGUGGAUGAACUAUCUGUAGCACCCUCUGUUGCACUCACAACAGACGGGUGGACGUCGAGGGGAACGGUGAGCUAUGUGACAAUGGCUAGGCCUACUGAAUGGAAGAGAGUGGAGUAAGAUCAAACAGUUUAAAGAGAAAUGACAUGACUAGGCCUGCUUCCGACCUGAUUUAAGUUUGGGUGUCGAGCCAGAUACUUCGAAGUCGUUCUGUUUUCCAUCAAGCGAUAAUCCAAUUUGCACAUUAGCCUACCUAUUAGUACCCGGUGAGCUAUGUGACAAUAACAGCUCACUUCAUCACAGCAGACUGGGAGAUGAGAAGUCCGGUGCUGCAGACACGCCCCCUCUACGAAAGUCACACAGGCAGUCAUCUUGCGCAGGUACUGACACAAGCAGUGGAGGAAUGGAAGAUAAAGAGGCCCACUACUAAUAUCCCAGUCACAACUGAUCAUGCCAAAAAUCAAAUAAAUGCAGUGAAUGAGGCAGGACUGGGCCCACAGAUAGGGUGCUUUGCACAUGUAGUGAAUUUGGCAUUAGAGAAGGGAAUCUCAGUCAAUAGGAUGGACCGUCUCCUUGAGAGGAUCAGGAAGGUGGUUUCCUACUUCCACAGAAGCACAACAGCUACUCAUGUGUUUGAGACAAGGCAAGAGAUGCUAAAGCCGCCUGCUCAUAAGCUCAUACAUGAUGUCCCAACAAGGUGGAAUUCCACUUAUGAUAUGUUAGAGCGUUAUCUGGAGCAGCAGGCAGCUAUAUACUCUGCAUUGACCGACAAGACCCUAAAGAAAAAUGUCAAAGACAUCAUAACCCUCUCUGAUGAUGAUGUGAGAGUGGCAGAGGAGGUCCUCCAGGGUCAAGCUGCAGAGCCAAUAGGAGCAAACUUGGACACAUCUCCUCCACAAAAGAAGUCGGCGAUGGCAGAGCUUUUUGGAGAGACCUUUGCCAGCAAAGACAUGGACAGCAAGACUCCUGCUGACAUCAUCAAAGAGGAGGUGGCAUUCUACCUGGCAGGAAGCUGCAUUGCAGUGGAUGGUGCUCCACUGACAUGGUGGAAAAGCAAUGAGUGUAAAUACUCUCAUAUUGCUAAGAUGGCAAGAUGCUAUCUCGCUGUGCCAGGCUCUUCAGUUCCUUCCGAGAGAGUGUUCUCAACAGCAGGGGACAUAGUGACUGCAAAGAGGUUCACACUCUCCCCAGACAAUAUUUCCACUUCCUUGCCAGAAGUGUUGCCUUGGAUUUCCCCAGGGUGGUUGUGCCACUAUAAAUGUAAAGGAAGGAGGACAAGAUGGGACAGACAAUCAUCAAUAAGAAUCACCACACCGCUGUACCGCUAGGUCUCCUUCCUCAGGGGGUUGCUACGUCACACCAUUCAAACACCUGAGAUGAAAAGGUUGUUGGUGCUUCUUGCUCUACUGCAUUGGGUGAAGACAUCCAGUUCAAAGAUUAAAUGUAUAACUUCAAGAAGAGCGGAUAACUUGAUGAAAGGUUGGCUUCAUGGGACAGCCCCUCCAAAUGUGGUACCCUCUUACCCUGACUACGCCAACCGCUCCAUCUCCCCCUGGCU